CAAGGACUGUAGCCAUCCCCCAGAUCAGUUUCAUUCCAUCAAUCAGCCUUCUGCCUGUCCAGGUUCCUUACAUCAGUCAUCACUCCUCCCCCCACCCACAACAUACAGAAGGUGAUAUUGUGCUCAAGGCUGUAUUCAGUUAUAUUGAACCACAACUCUUAGUGUUUGUCAGUUGUGUGAUGCUAGUGUGAGCAGAAUUUUAAACCAGAAUCUCAGGAGAUUGAUGGAAAGUGGCCAUGAUGUAACCUUCUGUGCUAUCGAUUUGUUUAUGUUUCUCUAAGACCUGGCGGUUCUAAAGUACAUUACAGUCUAUGAUGGUGGAUGUGUGUGGCUCUCUCUGUAAGGCAAUAUGAGCUAGCAGUUUCGUCCAUCAAUUUAUUUGGCUAUUCCAUCAUCUUGCCUUCCUGACUUCCCUAGCAGUCAUGUUGACAGAGCAACUCCCAACGAGACAGGACCUGGUAGAGUCUCUCGACUCAGAAGCCAUAUUUGAUUACUUGAUACAACAUGGAGUCUUGGAUGAAGGAACAAGGGAUGGCAUUCGAGGGGAGACAACCAAGGUUCAAAGAAAUACUGCAUUAUUGCAACACUUACAAGGGAACGGAGACUCCGCAAUUGCCUUAUUUAUAAAUGCUCUUCGACAAUCUGGUCAGCUUGUACUAGCAAGUUCCUUGGACGUGACAAGUAAAAUUAAGCCGACCUAUGGAUCAGGUUAUCUAGGGAAGGAGCGAUAUAAAGGUCAGGUGACCAUUAAGAUUCUAGUGGAUUCAAUCAAGGGAUUUUUCCCAAAAUGGGAGGAAGGUGACCAGCUAGAGGAGAAACAUGGAGACACACCAGAAAAAGAGGUCAAACCUCAUGGUGGAACAAAUAUCAACGAUCUCAAUGUGCUGCUGACGCCUCGCCGUAUGCACAAGUCGUACGAAAAUAUGACAAUGAUUGACGGAAUAGGUGAUGGGUCAAAGUCAAAGAUGUGGCGAAUUCAUGAAUAUUCAUAUGAAAAGGAAGGGUAUGAUACAGCAGGCGAGGAAGAAGAAGAUGGGGCAAAGUCUAAAGGCUUCUGUUGGUGUCUUUGUAUUCCUCGUAGAAAGAAGGCGAAAAAGUACAAACAAAAUUAUCCGGGGCCUGCUAAAGAGAGACAAAGGAACGAAAGUCCAAGAAAUGUUCAGCCUCGUUCCAGAACCACGAACAAAAGAGGCAGUAGUCCAUUUAUGAGUGAUAUCAGCUCUUCUGCCAAAGGUCAACAAAAGAUUAAAGGUGAAAGUUCAAAUACAUACUCCCCAAAAAAGACAGAAGUUUCUAUGCAACGGAAUUCGAAUGGACAGGAUAGAUCCGGCAAAGUGCAAUACAAUGUCAAAGACACCACACCCUCAGUAACACAUUCCAAAGUCAAACAUACAGGAAGUGACCGUACUAAACACAAAGAGAAAACUAAAAAUGGUGUCAACCAGCGAGGUCGAAAAGGUGAAUCUCGUGCGCAAAGUCAUAGUUCAAGGUCGGAAAAUAAAGAAAACACUCCCCCAGUCGUUUCAGGCACCAGUACACCUAAAAAGCAUGCAACUAGUAUUAAAAACACGCAUAGUCGAAGUAGUGAUUCGGUUUUAUCUGGAGACGAGGAGCCAGUGGAAUUUUGUGUGAUGUGGAAAAGUCGAGGUCCAACUUUUGACCAACACGUUGACAAAUUCAAUGACAUUGUUGACAAAGAUGUGGCUGUUAAAUCGCAGAUUGUGAAAUAUUUUGAACAAGAAAGAGGAACCCUUGUUUUGUCGGUGUAUUGUAGCGAAGACACUCUCGUCAUCUGUAACAUAUGUAUGACAUGUGAACAGGUGAAAAAUAUUCAAGCUGACGAACGCUCUGGACUUCUUACUGAGUUAAUUGAAGGCAUGAUGCUUAAAAAGUCUGUGAUUGAAUCACUCAAUGUAGAAGAGAUAAAACUCCAGGUGGCCGUCGAUGACAAUGAAAUCGAUUUGGCGAUGGAUGAUUUAAGAUAAAAUAGUUCAAAUGACCACUUAAUGGGUAUUGUCCGCUGAUCCCAAAAACGUCAUGACUUACUGCAUAGUGCGCGGACCAUGAUCAAUACAGUGGACGGACGUUCAAGUCCAAAACUGUCUAAUGAGGAUGUAAUUUGACGAAAUGGUAAUUAUGAUGUACAUGCAUGUGCGAUAGUAAUAUGGUAAUAAUGGUAUAUAUCUAUAAAAUUGAGAAGCGGUGAUUAUGGUAUGUAAUAUACAUGUAAAAUAACAGUGUUCCGAUACAUAUAUAAGCAUGUGCUUGCACGCUCCGUAACAUUUCAGUACGAUUUAUUUCAAACCUCAGUGAUUCUCUACAUCCGUGUUUUAUCUCUACUUAAUGCUGGAAAGAUACUAUUACUAACAUCCUUUGAUAUAUGAGAUAUUAUGUAUGUCUAACGAUUAAGUAAAAAAAAAAACGAUCAAUGUCUAUAGUGGCCCUUGAUAAGACACGCAUUUCCCGUUUUUCCAUCACUGAACCAUCACCUUGUUUUAAAGCGAACUCCGAGAUUUAUAUCUUGACUGUCUUGUUAAAGUAUCACAUAACCCCACCAUGCCUAGGCUAACUGUACGUAUAUGUAUACCUUCUUUCGUUGUGUUCACAUUAAAACCUUGUGUUAUGGAUGUAGAUAACACAGUAGGUUUGAUUAUAAUGUUUUAAGAUUUUGAUGAUUUAAAGGCAUACAACAAUUACUCUGACGUUGAUCGCCUUAAUUUCAAAAACAAAAAUAUUACGAUACAUUAUACAAAAUGAGUGAAAUAACUUGGUCGAGUAAACAGACGUUUGCAAAAUAUGCAAAAUGUAUUUACCUACGUAUAUAAUGCAAGGCAUUUAUUCUAAAUACUUAUGUGAUGCACCUUUGAUCAAAUUGAGGAAACAAUAGCUUGAAAUGAUUGUACUUAUUUUUCCAGACGUUUUAUAACUAUAAAAUUAAAACAAAUAAGUUUAAUAGUCGGGUUACACUCGCCUUCUUUCUCUAUGCACACCGAAAUAAAAUUUAUUUUAAGUCUACUUUGCCAUCCUCAGAUCGUCGUUCACCCCUAAGCAAUCACCGAAUACUGGAUCUUUUUCAAUAAUUACACGUAUAGAUUCCCCUUGGAGAAGGUUCUUUCUGGUGCUUGUGUAAUUUUAAAAGACAUGGUAUCAUUUAUGCUUUGACAGCAAAUAAUUGGCAUCACGAUUUUCCAGCAAGGACUGGAUAUACAUGAUGAAGAAUACUUAACUACGAGAUUAUGAAUUGUAAAUAACCAUUGUUAUUGGUAUGUUGUACUUACUGCCAUGAUUGUUCCGAUAUUUUUUGUUCUUUGUAAUGUGUAAAACAAUUGAAUCGACUUACAUUUCUACCAAUUCAGUAUCAUUGACAUCUCUGAAAUCUUAUAAUGCCACACAGUUUUACUUAAGCGAGUAUCUUAAUACUCGUGAAGAACAAAUUGGCGGUAAUCGAAAUAUGAACACCGAUAUUUAUCAAAUACAUAGAUAUACAUAAUACUACAAAAAUUAUAUCGUAACAUGUGAUGAACUACAAGCAUUUAGCAACUGUUUAUCCUGGCCUUGCAUUUAAAUUCGACAACUGUUAACCGUAAUCUGGCCUUGCAAUCGAAUUCGACAACUGUUUACCAACAUCUGGCCUUACAUCCAAAUUGGUUUAUGUUGUUUUGACAUUUUAAUUUUUCUUAGUCAAUGAGUAAAUAUCUAAUUCUUUACUAACACAAUGAAAACAAUUUCAUAAUAUUAUGAAAGUGAUUGUAUCAAAUUCCAUUGAAUGUCAUACAUUAUUGAUUUUUAUUUUUUAUCAUGAUUAUCAUUAUGUGUCAGUCAAUUUGGAAUUAAUUCUAUAUAUUGUGCAAUACUUUGUCUUUCCAAUCUAGAUGAAUGUUCGUUUUAACCAAACUUUUAACUGCGGUUGACUAUGCGUUUGAUAAGACACGGACGAGUUAUUUCCCUUAGUUGCUAUAAUGUAAAAUAAACAGAAAAGAAACAGAGUUGUUUCCCUUCGUCUACAAAGAUGAAGGAGAUGGAAAGGACUAAUCACGUCAUGCGAUAUCUCGCUUUGUCACAUUCCGAAAUUGCCUUAAUUUAACAGGGGGUGGUCAACUUGUAAGAACAUUACCGUAACAGAUCAUCCUUUCUGCAUUUGAAAAAUUGCAAAAUUUAUUAUCAUGAUGUUUCCUUAUAUGGGUGUCAUGUUUUCAAUACCCACAUUUUCGGUAAAUAUGAUCACGUUGCAAACUAUUCUGUCCGAAGUGUAUUUCGCAUAUCGCCGUUUGUGGUGAUUCGCUGUUCAAAUUAUUUUCAGAAGUGAUAUCUACUGCAUAUUGUAAUAAAAUCAUAUUGACAGAUGCAGGAGGUUGUGUUUCGUUAGUGAUGUUAAUAUAAAGCCGGCUCGAGCUACAGGUUGUGGUGAUUCGCGAUAUUCGUUGAUACUAUUAAUUUGUGGUUUUCGUACUUUGAUGAUAUUUUGACAAGUUUCUCCGACUACAGAUUCUCGGUAGUACAUGUAAUAUUAUAAUGAGAACUGUUACCAGCUGCGAGUCCCGGUAUAUACUUCACACAAUGAUAAAGGACCGUGCUUUCUCACACAAGUUCGAGUUUCGGGGUUUCGAGUCAAGGUAGGGUAACUCUUACUAUUUUUGGCGGGCGCCGAUAGGAGACAUGUAUUGCUUUAGCAGUACCCAGUCUGAUUGUUACAAAUUGACACGCAAUAUAUGUCAAUAACUUGUAAUUUGUUAAAGCAAAAUAAAUGUAGCAAAUGGUUAUAACAAAUUAAAACGUUGUAAUUGAUUUGCACGCGACAUCGUUGUCUAUUGACAGUUUCAUGCAGUGUCUGCAGAAUUUCGAUGCUUUUACUUAAAUGUAAAAUGUACAUAUCAGAUCAGCGAUGUCAUUCAUGAGACUAUGUACUCCAUGCGAAUCGUUAUCAGCGAUGUCAUUCAUGAGACUAUGUACUCCAUGCGAAUCGUUUAAAAGUUAAACCAUACAGCCGUUAAAUUCAUUUUCAUGUUCUGAAUCACGCAAACAUUGUCGCUUAUAAUUUGAUUGUAGCUUUAACAUCCGAAUGUUUACUAAUAAUAAACUCCAGGGAUUUUCCGUUUCCCGAAAUGCUUCUGCAUAGUGGGACAUUUAUAUAACGGAUUGACUCCCCUCACCCAACACGUCAAUACUAAUGUUUUAAAACACGAAUAUAUGUAAAAUGUCAUAUUUACAUUAAAUCCAUCUCAUUUCAUUAGCUGUUUACACUUCAUAUGCUGCUUAUAUUUUAUUCAUAUCUAGAUUCACAGUGAUCACAUUUUACAAAAAUCAUUUAAGCUUUGAUGUGGUAACCGGUUGUGAUUGAAUAUAUCAAUGUAUUGACAAUUUACAUGAUUAUUCCGUCAUAAUUAUGUUUAAAUGAUAUUUUAAACAUAUCUUAAUUUCAACAAACCGAUGAUCUCUUAUACUUUUAUCGACCAAUUUAUAAUUGACAAUAAUAUUGAUUAAGUUAUCAAUGCAAUUAAGUAUUACUUCAAUGCUUCAUGUUUGUCAUACAGUGGUUUUGAUCCAGUUCGAUCCUCUAGUAGAAAUAUCGUAGUUGGUUUUAUGGGAAUACAUAUUGAAUUAGCAUGCUCCUUGCAAUAUAAUUUCCAUCCAAAGGUUUCCCUAAAAUCUGGUGCUUGUGGAUGAUCGGUGGUUAAUCGAUAUACAAGUAUAGCCGUUUGUACAUUCCUUUACACAAAUCAUUCAAAUCGGCUGUGACUUUUCAAAAACAAAAAUGCAGUAUUAAAUGAAACGUCUUAGCAAAAUUUCCAGGUAAUUUUUGUUUCUUUCCCAGUCAGCAGACCUAUUAAGGUAUGUUUGCCUGUCAGGUGACUAACACAUGUUCCUUAACCCAACAUUAAGGUUUUGUUGUUCCAUUAGAAGGCAUUGAAGAAAAAUAGGGUUUCUCUAUAGAUUUUGUGCAAUACACGUAUUUUUUGUCACAAUCGUUUUCAUUUGCAUGUUCUAUUUUCACUGUCGUUACCAUUUAAUUGCUAUCAAAUAAAUUAUCUAUAUAUCAGUUAUUAAAUUAUCCGUUUUAUGGAAUGUUGAUAUCAACUGGUAAUUGUCACAUGUUCUCUUGAAAGGACAUGCUCCUUUAUAUUAAUAGGAUGUUACUGGUAGCCUUUUUAUGAUUUUACAGUUGAUUUCAGAAGUUGUUUUACAAAUAACAUGUGAUGACAGUCCAUUUAUGCUAAAACAUUUUAAUCGAAUAAAUGAAUCCAAACAAUG